AUGGCACCUACUCCAGUGAGCGCGCUUGCAUCGUACAAGAAGAAAGAUGGAACGUUGGCCAUGUCCAGGGACGGGCAGUCCGUUUCGUGGACUCCGAAGAAUGCUGACGGUACAGUGGGCGAGAUCGUAAUCCAGGUUGCAAAGAUUACCAAUCUCCAACAGACUCCCGUCACCAGUCCGAAAGUAAUGCUCAAAAUCUUUGUGCAACAACCGGGUGCCAAAAAUGCCGCCCCUGGAGCUCCGGAGCAAUUCGUCUUUUCCUUUACUUCAUCAACAAAUGCGCGCGCCGAAGCCGAUACGAUCAGGGAUGUUUUGAAUGCCGGCAUUCAGGCGGUGAAAGCUGCCCAAAGUCCGGCCCCCGGCGGCCAAUCUGCAGCAAUGGCAAUAGCUAGUGCCGUUACCUCCGCUGCUAAUGGGAAGCCGGUGUGGCAUGAUGAUAACAAGCUGAAGGUGGAUGCGGAGCUGCAGCAGUCUUUGUUAAAAUCGGACUCUAAUCUUCAACGGGUAUUCAUGGAGUCGCUACGGACAAAACCUGAUUCUGUUACAAGUGGGCAGUUCAUGUCGCAAUUUUGGUCUUCGCGAAUACAUCUACUUCGCGCCCAUGCAAUUGAAAAAUCCCAGUCUCGUGGGUCAUAUAAUGUACUCUCUUCAUUAAAGCCACGAGUGGAAAACAGCGUGACAAGAUUAAAUAUCAGCAAAGAACAAAUACAACUGAUAUUUAAUCAGCAUCCGCUAGUCAAGAAAGUAUAUGAUGAGAAUGUACCGAAGCUGACAGAGCACGACUUUUGGUCGCGAUUCUUCCAAAGUAGGCUGUUCAAAAAGUUAAGAGGGGAGCGGAUCACAGAAUCCGAUGCUACGGAUGCGCUACUUGAUAAAUAUUUGAGAGCCGAUGAAUAUGCAGAUCGCCACGUAAAUUCAAAUGUUCCUCAUAUGAUUGAUCUCGAAGCGAAUGAAGAUAACGUUAAGAGACAUGGAAAUCGCCCAAACUUUGACAUGAGACCAUCAACUCUAGAUAAAGUUCCUAUCAUCAGGACGCUGAACAAUUUGAGUGAAAAGAUAAUGGCCAACGUGGCGCCAAUUGAUCGAGACCCAUCAGCCCCUGUCGGCAUGGAUGAAGAAACGUUUAACCAGUUGCAACUGCGGGAUCUUCGUGGUGAUAGGGAACAAGACAGAAUCAUUUUAAACAUUAAGGAUCAAAGUAGGUUCUUUGCCGCUACGAAGGAAACGGAAAAUGAAGAAGCUCUUAUUUUUUCACGUCAGGACCCAGAGACAAUUCUGGCCUCAAUACAAAAGGACUUGAUCACAACAUAUCCUGAAACGGGCGAGGGGGUUCCGCUGAGCCGCCUUGUUGAACCGGAAGAAGAUAGUGACGACGAUAAAUCCAAAACAAAGAGUGAACUAGUUGGUUCAAAAGCCAGUCUAGCAAGAGCAUCGACUCAGAUCUUCGAUGCCAUUCGAGAGCGUAAGACCCAGGCUGACUCGGCGUCAGGCUCAGAUACCUGUGGACUGUCGCAGGGGGUAUUUGACCGUCUGACUCUUACUCAUGCUACCACAACUGAAUUUUUGCACCAGUUCUGGCAAGCGUUUUUAUCUGGAAACCCAGACCGGGUUGGCGAGAUACAGUCUUUGGUAGAGUCUCUUAAUCGUGCAAUGGAUCGGAUUAAAGCUGUUGCUGAUGAGGCAGAAGUUGAACGUCGUGCCGAAGUUGAAAAAUUAAAACAACAUGCUAGGGAAAUCAUGGCUGCGACAGGUAAGAAUAUACGGCCGAAUUUUAAAGCUAUAGAAGGUGGACAGAAGGUGGUAAACCAGUUAAUGAAGCCGACAAUGAAUGCAUUGGGGAAAGCAAUUUCAGAAUAUCAAGCUGCUCUUGCACAACAAAGCAAGGAUGCAGCUCUUGUAAUAUAG